AUGCCAGUCCUUACUUAUUGUAAUCUAGAAGGUAAGAUAUCUACGAAAUACUUAGCACCUAUCCUUACAAAUAUACCGAGUCCACGUAGCCUGGGGAUGGGUAUAUCAACUCCUCUUGGGGCGCACGGGCGACAAUUUGGGAGGAGCCGAGAAAAAUACAUGGACUGUCGCAACGGCAUUGCAGCUUGAGUUCAGGGGGCAAAGAUUUUUUUCAUGCCUCUCACCAUUCAUCAUUUAACAAACUCCGCUUUAAAAAAAAUAUAUGGUUGCGUAUAUACAAACAUUUUCUUCGGCUUCGCAAUGCCGAAAAAAGUGAAAACAUUCCCCAUUUUUUUCGACUCCUUCCAAACUAAUACUUUAUCAAACUAAAUCUUUUGGAGGAUUUUCACCCAAAAAUGGCUUUUGAAUUUGAGGAUCUGACGUAAUGUGAAAACUAGCAAUAAAUUUGCAUAGUUGCUGGCCAUGUGAGUGAUCUAGUAUGGGGCGUUGGCUUUACUAGGUCUCAAAAUAUAAGACAAGCAAAAACAACGAUAAAAUUCGAUGCAGUCAAUCUAUAGCCUGGUCCCAGAGGUUUUUCUUGAAAUCUUUCUUCGCGAAAGAAAAAAAAAAGUUUUCUUCGCGACUCCUUGUCGCCGCUUUGCGGCUCGCUUUCUCUUUGGCAAAGAAAAAUUUCAAGAAAAACCUCUGGAACCAGGUAGUCAAUCUAAUAAUCGCAUUUGCUUUCGUUUAAUUAUCCAGAAAGAAGCUGCAGUGACAUUAAAGCUCAAAAUCGUCAGGCCACGAGUGGCUCUUACGUCAUCGACCCAGAUGGCGACGGAGGCAACGAGCCUUUUACUGUCUUUUGUGACAUGGCUGACAAAAACGGUGUUGGUGUGACGGUGGUAGGUCACGACAGCGAAGCUAGAACGCUAGUUGAUGGCUACGAAGAACCAGGGAGUUACGUGAAAUAUAUCACCUACACUGCAACGGGGCUUACCGGCGUGGCACAGUUAGCAGGGCUGGCAGAUGUUUCCGCUCACUGCGAACAGUUUAUUAAGUAUGAAUGCUAUGGUGCCCUUCUUUUCAGAGAUGAUGAAUGCUGGUGGGUAUCACGUGACAACGCAAAGAUGAUCUAUUGGGGCGGAGCUAGACCAGAUGAUUUCAAAAAGUGCGCAUGUGGGGUGACAUCGCCAAACUCGUGCGCAGACCCUAAUUAUGGAUGUAACUGCGAGAUGAAUGAUGCCACGUUGCGCGAAGACAGCGGUUUACUAACUGAGAAAUCCCAACUUCCUGUGAUAGAGUUAAGAUUUGGAGACACUGGUGGCUCGUCAGAGAGAGGCUAUCACACCCUUGGAAAAUUCAAGUGUUAC